AUGAUCAGACUAAAUUUGAAACUCAGAUUCUAUUCAGUAGAAACCGCCAAGGAAUGGCUAAAAAAUUUAAAUACAGACACUCUACCCCAAAAUAUAUUCACCUUCAGAUAUGACAGGUCUAGCGGACCAGGUGGACAGAAUGUAAAUAAAUUAAACACUAAGUGCACUCUUACUUUAUAUAAUGCUUCUCAAUGUAGCCUGAUUCCUGAGGAAAUUAGAUCACAACUUUUCGAUUGUAAUCCUGACAUGUUACACAAAAAAUUUAGAUAUUAUUACCCAAACUCUGAUUCUGUAGUGGUUCAAUGUGAUGAGACCAGAUCCAGACUUCAAAAUAAAAAUAUGGUUGUCGACAAAUUGAUCACCGAAAUUAAAAGUUGCUGUUAUUUCUCAAACGAUACUGAUCCAGAAACUAAACUAAAAUGGGCUAGAAUUAAAAAGCGAAGUCAUGAGAAAAGACUAAGGAACAAAAAAUACAAAAGUGAUAAAAAAAAAUAUAGGAAAGUUAACCUUAAAUAA